AUCGUUUGCACUGGCUUAUUAGAAUACUUCGUUAAUCGAACGAUACGUACGAUUGGUUUUGUUUAUAUCAUAUGUUGUUUAGUUUACUACAUUACCUUAUCUUGUACGUUUAUGAAUACGGUUGAUAUUUUUAAGAACGCUCAACCGUCAAAUCUUGCAAGAAUAAUAUCGGCAAUUACAUUCAUUGGAAACCCUCUUCUCUACAUCAUAACAAUUUUCGUUGGAUUAAUAAGAACAGAGCGGGUAAAAUUGUUUAUAAAACAGCUAGAAACUUGUACACAAAGAAUUGAUGAACUGAACAUACCGAAAAAUUAUUCCUCUCUUAUUCGGUAUCAGUGUAUCGCAGGCAUAUUUGUUAUUUUUCUUAUAUCAAGCUUAAUUAUUGACGACAUGUAUUGGUACUCCGACGUCAAUUUAUCAUUUGGCAACAGUUUAAUGUUACAAUUCUAUUAUUUCGACAAUUAUUCUUACAUUGUAAUGAUGGUCAUUAAUUUUACUUUCGUCUUUUGGAUCAGGUACGUAAAGAUCAAAUUUGGUCAAUUGAAUGCAGCACUCCUAAAUAUGUUGACAACAACUGCUGAUUCACCACAACACAAGAGAGUCCUUCGAAUGAAAGAUAAUUGGGAAGAUGAAUCUUCGUUAACUACCAUUUGUGGAACGUACAAAACGAAUGAGAACUUCGUGAAAUUAAAAGAAGUUAAACAAAUCCAUUUAGAAUUGAUAAAAUGUGGCAGAACUAUAAGUGAGGCUUACGGAUUACACAUUCUUAUAUCCACGGCUAUAUCAGUAUUAUAUAUUACUCUAAUAUUACACAGUUUAUACGGCAGAUUAAUUUCAAACGGAUAUGAAUCAUGGAUAAGAGAAUUUUUAAAAAGUUUCUGUUGGAUUUUUUAUUUCAUCAUUCAGAUUUUUGUAAUAAGCAAUAUAUGCGAGACAUCGAUGACAGAAGUCAUGGCCACUGGAGACAUUCUUUGCGAAUUAUACGAACCUUCAACCAGCAAGACGUUUCGCGAUGAAAUUCGUAAUUUUACUUUUCAAUUAAUCCAAAAUCGUCUGACUUUCACUGCAUGUGGAUUUUACGAUUUAGGUCAUUCAUUUUUAUAUAGUGCAAUUGGUUCGAUUACUACUUAUCUCGUUAUUCUUAUACAAAUGGGAGAUAAACCAAAAGUAUUCUCCAACGAUACAGACUAUAAUUCAACGUCCAUAAAAUAA